UUCGUUUUGCACGGGGAGGAAGUAGUUAUCUGUCUAUGUGGGUUAAUCUGGGAGGGUUCCUGUGCAUUUCUUUUUGAAGGCGGUGUUCGCAAUGUGUCACUUGCAUUUAACUUUCGGCAGGAUAUCAUAGUCUUGAAGGCUGAGAGAUAGAGAGAGGAGGGGCGUGUUCCUGUCUCUCUCCCGCGUCCAAGUGAAAGUGGACAGUUUGGAAGGUGGGUGCAGACUGCCACCUGACAGAGCAGCGAAAGGAGGAGGCGGGGGGAAGCCAGAGCAGAUCCCGUGAAGGACCAGUCACUGGCCAGCUCACCGUCAGUGUGCGCUUCAGGAAGAAAAAAAGCUGGGGGGAGACUGGAACGGUGCGCCUGUGACCCAAGGUUAAUUGAGAGAUACAAGCUCCUAUGUUUGAUCAGUUGCCUUGAGAGGUCUUUUAGGCUAAGACUUAAGCCAUUUCAAUCAUUACACCCCCACCCCGGCCAGCAGUUUGCUGCUUUUUCUCCUCCUUCACUCUGAGAUUUGCACUGGGACAGUCCUCAAGCUUUCCGGGGGAUUGCUGCUGCUGCUGCUGGAAAGAAGGAGCAGUGGGACUGACGAUGUUGGGGAUGAGGAGUGCUCGCCGCUCAGCUCCGAGAUGCGGAUUCCCCUUCAGCCUCUGCUGGGGACUCAGUGCCUUCCUCCUUCAAAUCCUGCUCCUGUCUGCCCUUGGGGAGAAACUGACCGGUGCAUGGAGACCUUCCCAAGCCCGGCUCCGGCUCACCUUCUCAGAGUUGAUGCUAAACAAACGGAUCAUCCCACUCACCUUCAGAGCUUCCAACUUGCAUUCCAUAGUCCUUGAUGAAGAUAACCGAAGACUCUAUGCUGCUGCGAAGGACUACCUCCUGACCUGUAAUCUGGAUGACAUUUCGAGUGGAGUGAGGAAGUUAUACUGGCCAGCUACCCCUGAAAGAAUAGCUGAAUGCAAGAUGGCUGGAAAGGAUCCUGACCUGGACUGUGGCAACUUCCUGAGGGUCCUUCACUUCUACAACCAAACUCACCUGUACGUUUGUGGGACUGGAGCCUUCCACCCACGCUGUGCAUACAUUGCCACAUCGAUGUUCAACAGGGCUGAACAACUAGUGCUUCAUCAUGAACAGACUGAGUGUGGAAAAGGGAAGUGUCCUUAUGACCCUCGACAACGGGUGGCCUCAGCAAUGAUUGAAGGUGAGUUGUACGCUGGAAUAUCCUCUGAUUUCAUGAGCCGGGACGUGGCAUUCUUUCGUAGCCUGGGACAUCGUCGUGUGAUACGCACUGAGCAAUACGAUUCGACGUGGCUGCAAGACCCUAGGUUCGUGAAGGUCAAUGCCAUUGCAGAGAGCAACAAUGUGGAGGACGACAAAGUAUACUUAUUUUUCACCGAGCGUGCUCUGGAAGUGGAUAAUGGCAAUGGGAAGGUCAUCUACUCGAGAGUGGCUCGGGUUUGUAAGAAUGAUAUUGGUGGUCAACGCAGUCUGGUCAACAAGUGGAGUACCUUUCUGAAGGCGCGGCUGGUGUGUUCCGUUCCGGGCUCCGAGGGAAUUCAAACCCAUUUUGAUGAACUGCAGGAUGUCUUCGUGCUGAAUGGGAAAGACAAAAAAAAUCCACUGAUCUACGGAGUUUUCACAACAUCCAGCAAUAUUCUCAAUGGGUCAGCGGUCUGUGUGUACAAGAUGGCUGACAUUAUAAUGGCCUUCAAAGGAGAGUUUGCUCACAAAGAGGGCCCUGACUACAAGUGGGUGACCUACCCAGGGCGUGUCCCCUUCCCUCGCCCUGGAACGUGUCCCAGCAGCACCUAUGGGAGCUUCAAGUCAACUCGUGAAUAUCCAGAUGAAGCAAUCUUCUUCAUUCGGACUCAUCCACUCAUGCAUGACUCUGUCUACCCUGUGGGCAAACAGCCGGUGCUAAUGCAAGUCGGUGUGGACUACAAGUUUACCCGGAUUGCUGUGGAUCGGGUUGAGGCUGUGGAUGGACAGUAUGACGUGAUGUUUAUUGGAACAGAUACUGGGGUGGUCCUGAAAUCCAUCUAUGCUCCUAAAACAAACCAGGAGGUGGAAGAGAUCAUUUUAGAGGAGUUGGAAGUAUUCCCGGACAAAUCACCCAUCACUUCAUUGAACCUGUCCAGAAAGCGGCAGUGGUUGUACCUUGGCUCAAAGAGUGGCUUGGCCCAGGUCUCCUUGUAUCAGUGUGAUCUGUACGGUAAGGGCUGUGCUGAAUGCUGCUUGGCGAGGGACCCUUAUUGCACGUGGAACGGAAGCUCUUGCAGCACCUACCUACCCAGCAGUCGCAGAAGACACACUCGACAGGUCACUCUGAAUGGAGAUCCUUUGACUCAGUGCUUCAACCAGGGAGGGGCCAUGCACACCUGGACUGAGGAGAAGGCGAUGUUUGUUGUUGAGGGGAACAGUACAUACCUGGAAUGUAUACCCAAAUCACGGCUUGCCACUGUCAGCUGGUUGGUGGAGACAGACGACCUGAAUGGGCUGUUGCAGGAGGUUACCUUUGGAGACCAGAUCAUUUCAAUAGAGCAAGGGUUGUUGAUUCGCCAGACAGAUCGCCGGGACGCUGGUACCUACCAUUGCCAAAUUGAGGACCAUGGUUUUCGCUGGACCCUGCUGAAGCUGCGACUGCACGUGAUCCCCGCUGAGCAGAUGGUGAACCUGCACGCAAGCCUUGAGCAAUUAGCUGGCCCCGUGAAGGACCGUUCCCUUCUGGGCCCUGGCCAUAGCCCUCAGCCUUGGUACAAGAGCAUCAUGACCCUCAUCAACUAUCCGUCCAAGAUGGACUUCUACUGCGAGCAGGUCUGGCAGAAAGACUACAAGAAGAAAAGGAACAAGCUGCGCCUGAGCAAGAAUCACCGUAGCGUGGAGCCUAGCCAGAGAAACAAGUCGCCAAUGAGGGGCAGACGGAACAAAAACAAACCACGUGCCAAAUUUCUGCGGUCACCCCGCAGUACCUAGCACUACCCAGAUUCACCACAGCAGAGACACUCAUCCAAAGUAUAGCAACAGAAGGCUCCUGAAACUCUAGAUCUUUCCAAACCUUUUGAACUCCAGUAAAUGAUAGGCUUCACAUGCAAUACAAUCUUUGAACUGACAGAACAGUUGCCUUGUUUUGGCUGAGGGUGGCUGUGUUGCUGUCCCAAUCACCUCUCUUCCCCUCUUGUGGAGGGAUUUCCUGUUAGUCUGUAGCUGAUGCAGAGGGAGUUGAGGAGAGUAUCGUGGCUUUCGGCUGAGAGUAUUUCCAAUCAUGAUAGGUUUAUGUAGGGUCUUGACUUGAGCUGCUUAUGAGCCUAAGGGACGGAAAAGUUAAUUAUCAGUGAAGAGGAUCACAUAUCAUUUCUACAGCAUUGGUGAGAAGCAAUGGCAGUGAGCCUCAACCAGAGCUCCAGGCGUUUAGCUGCCAUUACAUUGGAUAAGUGGCUGUUCAAAUGUACAAAUAGAAAACAUCAUAAUCACUUCAACCACUAUUUAGAAAAUCCCUACAAGAUAACAAAUCUCUACAAACUGUAGACUAUUUCAGUAAAUCAAAAGAUUGAAAAAUUCAAUAUGGGCAUUCAUGUUUUCCCAAUGACUCAUGGGAUUGCCACACCAAAGUUCCCAGAGGGGUGGGUGAUUGUGGUCAUGUUAUUGGACCAGUAAUCCCGAGGCCAAAGCUAAUGAUUUGAGGAUGUAAGUUCAGAUCCCAACACCUGGUAGGAUUUAAAUUCAAUUAAUAAAAUCUGGAAUUGAAAGCUCGUCUCAAUAAUGCUGACCAUGAAACUAUCUGUGAUUGUGCAAAACCUUCACAACUGCUAAAAAGUCCAAAUAUGUGCAGAUUAGGUGGAUUGGCAAUGCUAAAUUAUCCAUAGUGUCCAGGGACGUGCA